UUAUGAAGUGUAAAAACCAUGCUGACGGUUGUCCCUGGUAUAUGAGGGCAAUUAAGCCGAAGAAGGGAGCUAACUGGGUGGUCCGUAAAUGGGGUCAAGGUCACACAUGCCUAAAUCAAGGCCUAGCACAGGAUCAUAGACAGUUGGAUUCAAAUGUCAUUUGUGCGGCUAUAAUGAAUAUGUUAAAGGAAGAUCCAUCCACAAGACCAGCUCUGAUACAGGAGAGGAUACAGGGAACAUAUGGAUACAACAUAACGUACAGGAAGGCCUGGAAGGCAAAAAUGAAGGCCAUCGUUAAGUUGUUUGGUGACUGGGAGAAAUCGUACGCAUUCUUGCCAAAUUGGCUGAAGUAUAUGACGGAGGUGAAUGUGGGUUCUGUGUUCAAACUUGAUACAAAUCAAUGUUUUGAUGAACGUCGGGUUUAUACAGACAGGGCCGUAUUUCAAAGGGUUUUUUGGACAUUUCACCAAUGCAUUGAAGCAUUCAAACACUGCAAGCCUAUAAUUCAAAUUGACGGCACUCAUCUGUAUGGGAAGUACAGAGGUAUUCUAUUGAUUGCAACAUCUCAGGAUGGAGAUGGAUUUCUGCUCCCUAUUGCCUUUGCUGUUGUUCCUCCAGGUGAGUAA